AUGACCCAUCUUUAUCAGGUCGCGAAGACCUUGAGGAUCGGUACGGACAAGGUCCUGGCGGUUCGCACACUCUGGUAUGACAAGCAGGAGUUGUACGAGACCAACGGGAAGGGGCGAGGCAAGGCCACCAGCGUCGACGACGGGCGACGUGUCAUCACCAAGGAGCAAGAGGAUGGACUGCGCGAGUUCAUCAAGGGCGAGCACGAGGCGGGACGUCAGGAUCAAAAUAUCCCCGUUGAACGAGGAGAGGAAAAACCGCAUCCGCCUCUUCCUGUUAAGAUGGACCUCGCGAAGAGGGCCGAGGACGCUGGGGUCGCAGUCAUUGUGUACAUGGAUGAGAGCUUUGUUCACCAGGCGCAUGGUUCCGCGUACUCGUACUUUCCUUCUGACGAUACGGGGGUUGUGCAGGAUGGGAUAGGCCGUAUAACGGGGAAAGGUUUGCGUAUGAUCAUGGUGCACGCGAUCACGAAGCACGGGCCCUUGGCCGAGCUACAGGAGGGACUUCCUAUCCGUGAAGGUUGGUUCAAGGCUAAGGAAAAUCGUGCGAAGAAGAUUAAGCCUGGCGAGGCGGAUUUCGAAAUGUCAGAUGAGCAGACAGCAGAAUUUCUGUGGCAGGCCAAGUUGGCAACCGGAGAUUAUCAUAACGCCAUGACGGAUGGGAUGUUCAUGCAGUGGUUGAAGCACCGACUUACCCCGGCCUUCGAUGCGCAGUUCAAGAACAAGAAGAUGUUUCUCGUUCUCGAUAACGCCUCAUACCACCACUGCUUUGACGAGGAGGUUAAGGUGCCCGAAACCAACAGUAAGAAGUACAACGUCGAACUCUUGCGCAAGUACGGUUGCACGUCGUUCAAGGUGACGCGUGAGUCGGAGGGUAAGGCUGCUGAGUACAACUUUGAGGUCCCGGCGCAGGGGUCGCUACCCAAUGCGAACCGCAAGAACGGCGUCAGCAAAGAAGAGAUAGCCUCCGUCACUCGGACGUACUUCAAAAAGAAUUUUCCACAAAAGCUCGAGGAAAAGGCUGAGACGUACAUGAGGGAGAAGGGGUGGGGGUUAAUUUGGACACCGCCGUACAUGCCGACUUUCCAGCCGAUCGAGCUGUUCUGGCAGCACGGCAAGCAUUACGUGAGCAUUCAUUUUGAGAAGGGGCGGAACAUGUUGGAUGUCUGGAAGCAAAUCCGUCUCGGUUGGUAUGGAGACCCGGAAUGGGACGGUCAGGAGGGGGGGUGGAAGGCAGCCGACUGUGGAAAGUUGGUGCAGCAUACCAUUGGCAAGAUGGACGAGUGGAUCGGCCUGUAUGGUGGAAACCUGAGCGGUACGAUCGGUAGCCUUGAGUAUCCAGUGGCAGAGUACCAAGAGGCUACGGCCGAGGAUGAGAUAGAGGAUGGAGUGGAGGAGCAGACGGAUGAGUGGCUGGGUGAGGACGCGGAAAAUGCCAUUGAGGGCUGAAAAAAAAUGCAAAAAAAAAAAAAAAAGCCAAAAACAUAUGCCCUUUUUUGGGCCAAUAUUUUUCGACUUUGAUUCCCGCACAGCGACACGAAGGGGCUGCACAGAAGGCGCCAUUCUGAGUGCAAGCUGACAUAUUGUUUGAUAUUUCGCAAUUGAGAUGGCUGUAUCAUCCUGUUCAAUCAAUAUAUGGAUUACUUGUGCAAGCCCUGGGGCCGCAUCGUUGGAACACCGCGCUUCAACAUUUUUGGAACUUCGCCGGGUGCGAUCACACACUAAAUUCGUAAUAUUACUCGAAGACAUGUGUGUUUUUUUUUUUUUUUAGAAAGAGAGCUCUGUGCUUUGUCGUCAGUUUGCGCUAUAGUUUGUGAUAGGGGACUCCGUAUUGACGAAGUUACACAAUAUUCUAAUUUGGUCUUGACUACUAUGUUCCACCGUAAUACUACAGUUGUAACUCUUGAAACUCGCACGUUUGAUCUCACUUUUCCAGGUGUUGCAGAGCAGAAGAGGUAUGCGGCCCCAGCUUUUUCUUUCCCGCGGAGCCCCGUCAAGGACGAGUGAAGUGCAACUCACUGACAUCGCACACAUCCCAGCGCGUCGGUGACAGGGGGACAAACAGAGGCGGAGAGAGAAACAGGCAGAGGAAGAGGAGAGACGCUACGACCACGUAAUCCCUGAAUUUCGAAGGAAGGAGGAUUGGUUACAAACACCCCGAUAUUUGCGGGGUAAGAGUCAAGAGACACGCGAACAGACACCCGGGGUUUAAUAUGCCGGACGUCAUCAAGCCCGGGCCGCCUAACAAUGGUGGGGGUGCUGACGGUGGGGGUGAGGACGAGCAGGAAAAUGGAGCUGUGACAAUGGAUUUGAUGGGAUCUGGGCGCGACUUUCCUCUUCAGGUCCUGAUGCUGGUUUUGGUGCUGUUGGGGUGGCUGCACGCGAACGGACUUCCGCUCUGCUACUGCUGAGACCUCCACACCAAUAUCUUACUGCCCCCGUUGCACCGUGGGAAGAGCGAGCUAUCUGCCACAAGCUGGUGUCUGCACGUUUUAUUAAGAAGCGGUGUGCUGUUUCCGUGUGGCUUCGUGUGUUGUUUGCAACAUGUGUUUCUGAGCACAAGAUUGAGACAGCUUUCUAGUUCCCGUUGGCAUCGUGUCUCUGUUUGGUGUUUGUCAAGUGUUUUUGGAGCCAGGGAAAAAAGCCUUCGUAUUUACCGCUGCCGUAGCUUGCGCUCCAUGCCAGGCAUGUCGCACGGUCGAUUGCAGUGAAUGCCAGUGGCCUAAAUCGACGCGGCUGGAUGUAGAUGGUGCUGUCUUGUUUUCAUGUUGAGAUGCUUUGGCCACUUAUCGGUGUGUUGCCUUAGGCUGACUGGGAUAUUUUCCUCCACGCCGUAUUCGCUUGCUUCAUUUUUCUUGUUUGUAUGGAAAAAGUCAGAACCUUUUUGUUGAUAAGAGAUGUACUCCACAGAGCUGAGGCGAUAACAUGUGAUGUCUGGCAGAGAGCAUGCGUUGGUUUGGGAACGCCUUGGACACAAGCUUGCUUUGGCGACCGAGGGCUUAAAAGUACUCGUGUUGGCUGCGGUGAACUCUCCCAAAACAGUCCAUCUCUACCGUGGCGACUAGAAUCCAAGUUUCACGCGGAAUUGCUUUCUUUAAUAACAGCACAAUCUAUUGAGAACGAUCACUUUUACCCAUUGCUUGCGACCGCGUCAAAUUGUGCGGGCCGAUCAAAUCGCCCGCAGUAUUCAGCCGUGUGCAAAAGCCACAUUGCUGAUUCACGAAGGCGUGACAUCAGUCAACAUUUCGAUAAAAAGACAAACUACGCCAAAUACAACAAAUGACACACACACCUCCGAGCGCUCUCGUGAUACACCCAUCCCCCUCCCCC